CUCUCCUUAAGAAUAUAUAUUUACCCACAAAAAUAAAUAAAUAUAUACAACAUAAUUCACAUAUUUUAAAACCAACUUCAAGUGUUUUUUUCACAUCACUAGUGUCAACAAAAAACAAUGGAACCAGUGCAAGAAUUUUGCUUGAGCGGAUGUGGAUUUUUUGGAUCACCAGCCACCGAAGGACAUUGCUCGGUGUGCUACAAAAACGUGGCCCUGAAGCAACAACUAGCUUCUGCGCUUGCAGCAACAUUACCAAAGUCAGCUGCAGCUCCAGGAGCCACGUCUUCAAAUGCCGAGCCGACUUCAGGGCCAUUGGAACCAGCUUGCCAGAAAAUAACUGAUGACGUCACUCCGAUGGAAGGCGCAGACCGUGAAGUUGGAACUUCGGAUGCUGAAAAACCUAAGAAGAGGAACCGGUGCUUCACUUGUCGCAAGAAGCUUGGUCUAACUGGGUUUGACUGCCGCUGUGGAGGUGUUUUUUGUAGUCUUCAUCGAUACAGUGACAUGCACGAGUGCAAUUUUGAUUACAAGAAGAUGGCCGCUGAGGAGAUUACCAAAAAAAAUCCAGUUAUUGUUGGUUCAAAAGUGCAAAAGAUUUAAUCUAUUAUAAUACAAAGUGAACUUUUGGAUAAAUAAUUAUUAAUUCAUGGGAAAUUUAACGAGCUAAUUUAUGUUUAAUUAGUUAAUUAA